AAAGUCGAGCGACGACGAGAGUAUUUGCAGUCGGUCGCUCGGCUCGGCGCGACCGACACCGUGCGGAUCGCGAUGAUACCACACCUCGCGAUUGCUCGGCACGUAAGAUCGAUACUUACUUCAAGAGAGAUGAAGAGUUCCGAUUACCUGAUUCGUGUUCAUUGAUUCAUUUCUUCCUUAUUAGCUGGGUACGUGCGAAUCUCGCGAAAUGUUUAACGUUGUUUAACUAUACGCGCGCUCUGCUAGGAGUUUUUUGGCAGAUUUCGACAGAUUUUUAAACGCCUGCGAGAAACGGCUCUCGCCGUAUCAAGAUGAGAUCCUGAUGAUCGUUCUUUUACAAGGGAAAAAGGAUUUGCCUCGGUCCCUCUCUCGCUGUGUUUGGCUGCUGGCCCGAUACACAGGCAGGCACACAUGUAACGUCAGCGUCAACGUCAGACAGCGCGAGAAGUACCGUUUCUCAAAACGGUCGGUCGAGAGAGCGCGCGCGGCGACUGUAAUUUGCAACGUGAACGUCGCCAUACAGUUAGUUUUGCCGGCCUAUUGCCAGUCGCAACGUCGACGAUCGCCCGCGGAGAAAAUAUUAAAUUACGAAUCGCACGCCCAAGUUUAUACCAAUUGAAUCGGGGUCGGUCCGCCGAGUCGUCUCGUUGUAGCAGACACAAAGGAGUGGGAUUGCGAGUGGGGAGUAUGCACUGUGUAGAAAAGUUACGGAAAGCUGAAGAGUAAGAGCAGCAUCGUCGCCGAUGAAGGAGCAAUCGCGAACCCUAGCCGAGAAUUCAUCGAGAGAAGCGAUCGCGUGCGGAUUCGGCGGCAGAGAGCUACUUUCGCCCGCAUGUGCUCCCAGGCGAGUCGCGAUGGAUGUACGCUAAACGAUGACCGAAAAAUGCCGAGAUUAUCGCAACCGGAAUCAGCCGGCGACUGAAAAACGAGCGAACUGUUUUAUCCUUCACCUCACGACCAUCACUCGUUGCUACGAACGAGUUGAAACGGGGACCAAGCGCGCGACAUUUGUCGAAGAGAAAGCAUUCUAGUUUUACGAGUCCACCAUGUGGCUAUUCCACCACGUUCCGCAGCCGUGUAUUUUCUCAUAGACUCGCAGACUCAUCGCGCUCUAAGAAUAAUACAUCAUUCUUCCGAUCUUGGUGAUCGAUGCAUCAAGAGUCGCGUCUCUCAAUCUCGAGAGAAAAGAAUGGAACGCGAACGUAAGUGUGUGUGUGUGUGUCCUGAUCGACUGGAAUCCGGACUGGAAACAAAGGAGAUUUGAAUCGGGUCGAGACUCUCUCGGAUCAGUCGUGACGUGUGAGACGUGAGCGUGAAGCGUAAACUGCCGCGGAACCGAUCGCGCGACAAGGACGGAGGACGGAGGACGCGAGAGAGCGCGGGACCAGAGAAAAUCGUGCCAGGGAAGAGAGAGAGAGAGAGAGGGAGAGGGGUGCCUUACCUUGUUGCCUCACCGGGGAGAGUACCGGGGAGACCGAUGUGCAGGACUAUACGAUGGCCGGGGCCCUGUCUGAAAGUGCCCCGAGACCCGUGAGUGUUGUCGCUGUCAAUGAUAUUGCCGUGAAUGGCACCGUCGGCGCCAACCGCGUGCAAGAAGCGCGAGACAGUAGUACUCGGUCUUUCACCUCGACAGAAGCGCAAACGGAGCUGGCACUCGACGGGGGGAUCAGCAAUGGCACGUCAGCGACGUCAGCGGCGGGGAGCCGAGCCGAAGAGAUCUCCUCCGGAGAUGGUGUUCGUGAUGCGAUGACGCGCAGGCGGGAACGACGAAUGCGUAGGCAACAUCGUCGCGCUUUAAGAUCCUGCACCGCCAUACCGCCGACGUCGUAUCCAGCGACGUCGGCUUGCCAGACUGCGAAUUCGUCCCCGCCAGGAGUGCUGCCGCUGGUGCCAUCCAUUAGAGGAUUCCUUCAUCCACCGCCCCCGCACUUGGGCCUCAGGGGUCUCAGUCUCGGUCUACCCUUCCCGGUGCCGGCCAGCGUUUCCGCCUUUGGCAGGGACGCCGUGGCGGUGCCGAAGCAAUGUUGCGGUCUGAGUUCUCCGCCGGUACGCUGGUCCAUAUUGGGUGUCGGCUUCGUUGGUCUCGUUUGCACCGGUGCCGGCACUCUCCUCGGCGCCCUCAAAGCCUCUGGUCGUGACCAUCUCGUGGGGGUGUUCAUGUCCGGUAUAGGAGUGCUUCUAGUGCUGGUGAGUGCAGUGGCGUGGAGACUAACCAAUCAAGAUUACUGCGGUAGCUUCUUCGGUUUCACGGGCAUAUCCGGCAGAAUACCUCCCACGAGACCGAUACAUCCGUAUGCCGCCAUGAUCUAUCCGGAGUUCCAGUUCAGAACACCACCGCCGAGUUACCAGGCAAGUAUGCAAGAGUAUAGACUUCGACUGUUGUUGUUGGAUCGUUUGCAGCCUGCAUCGUCACCACCACCGACUUAUAGAUCGAAUGCGGGUAGCAUCGUGGUUUCUGGCACGGCGCGAGAGAGUCGACCGCCGAGUUACCGCGCUGAAUCAAACGUCACGCAACCGAACGUGACUCUAGUGCCCUCGAAGAAGGACGCGAAUCUCGUCAGGAUCGUCCAGACCGAAUCCGAGCCGGUUAUUCUCAGUGGUGAUCAAACGCCACCCGUAGCUGCCGUCGAAGUAUUGGCGCAUCUUUAGACUACGCCAUAUGCUCGCCUAUACGAUCUAUGGCCAUUUCUUUCAGGGUUUGCAAAUUGUAAAUUAUGUAUCUAAAAGAUGCAACGUGUUUAAUUGUACAAAUAAAUUUAAUUAACGGAACGACACGCGCGCGCGUGCGAAGAUGAAAUAUAUAUUUCAAAAAGAUUUAGCUUUCGACAUCA